UUCACAAGCGAUUUGCGCUUGCGCAGACAGCUGUUUUUUUACAUGAUGGAGCUGAGUAUAUGGAGAAUUUUAAACAAAUUAUUUUUAUGUUGAUAAAUUAGAUCCAUUUUUUUUAAAAUACUGUAAAGUUAAUCAAGUAAUCUAGGAUGUCAAACGAUAAUUUAGAAUUAAUGUUAGUUGAAUUAACUAAUCCUCUGAAUAAAGAAUGUAAUUUAACUACGCUCAAUUUGUUUUGUCAGCAAGUCGAAUUAGAUGAGGAUGGCCCUCAAAUGUCUUUAAGAUUUUUAGCUCAUAAAAUUCAAUCUCCUCAAGAAAGAGAAGCAAUGCAAGCAUUAACUGCUCUUGAAGAAAUUAUUAAGAAUAGUGGUCCAAAUUUAAUUGCAGAAUUAGGAAAAUUUCGAUUUUUAAAUGAGCUUAUAAAAACUAUUUCACCAAAAUAUUUAGGGAAUCGAACAUCUCAUAAAGUAAAAGAAAAAAUAAUUGAAUUGAUGUUUAAAUGGAGCAUGGAGAUAAAAAAGGAAACCAAGAUAUUUGAUGCAUAUCAAAUGUUAAAGACACAAGGAAUUGUCAAGUCAGAUCCUAUCUAUGUUUUAGAGCAACCUCCUGAACCAUUUAAACCUCCACCUCCACGACCAAAAAAUGUGGUGUUUGAAGACGAAGAAAAGUCUAAGGUUGUUGUUGGGGUCAUGCAAGUGGCCAUGUGUAUGGGUGAUCAGAUUUGGGAUGGAGGAGAUCUGAGAGAAGUAUUGAAGGCAGAUCAUCGAAUGGAAUUAGUUCAAAGAAGAGUAACUGAAGUGGAAACAGUUAAAAUUAAUGCUAAUGUUUUAUCAGACAUGUUGAAUUGUUAUAAAGCUGGAGAAACAUCUGAGGAAGAAAAAGAGCUGAUGAAGGAACUGUACGAAAGUUCUUUGAGGUUAAGACCGAAACUGUUCAGGCUGGCCGGCGAAAUGGACGAGAAGGACGAAGGAUUGAGUGAUAUAUUAAAAGCUAACGACCAAUUAAAUGCGGUCAUCACAAAAUAUACGGAAAUUAUGGAAUCGGGCGGAGAUGCCACGAGAGCCGAAUCAGCACUUUUAGAUCUCAGUUUACCACCCAAAGAAGGUUCGGUUUCGUCUGAAAAUAAGUCUCUAUUAGACGACCAGUUAUUAGCCUUGGGUCUAAACGAAGCCGGCGAAGAACCCGUUAAAGAAUCGAAUUCCGAGAAAGAAGGUAGUUUAAGCGAUUUGGGCCAGUUAUUUUCCACGCCCGCAGUCUCUACUUCACUCCCAGAUUAUUUCUCACAUUCCUUCUUACGCCACUCCGCGCCUGGUGACGGAGCCACUUCCAGUUUGACCGAAACCGGCGGUACGCCGCCCUCUAAUAACUUGUUGGAGCCCUUACGACCCCUAAGCGUCGAAAAGACAAAAUCGGCCAACGACGACGAAACGGAAAAACAAAAUGCUUCGGGUAAGUCCCUGGAUUGUUUCGACGCCCUGGGACAGAUGAUAAAGCAAAGUCUGCCCUCGUCCGGAGCACCCAAACUGGAUUUCCCCAGCACUCCUCAAAAGAUACCGAUGAAUCUGCUGCAGAAACAGUCGACUCUCCUUCGGUCGGCACCCUUUCGGUCCUCUUCUACCGGAUCCGUUAACGUCCCGGAGACAGAAAGAGCCAACGUUUCGUCCAAAAAUUCCACCGUCGAAGUUCUUCCCCUCGAUAUUUUUGUACCUUUGGAGUCCAUCAAACCAGGAGACAUUUCGCCUCUGACUCUUCCGGAGAAGAACGGCUUGACGGUGGUCAUUCACUUCGGAAAAGACCGACCCAGAUCCGACGUGACGGUCAUGGUGGUGUCGACCAUGAGCAAGAACCCGAGUCCCGUCAAGAGUUUCAGUUUCCUGGCCGCGGUGCCAAAGACCAUGAAAAUAAAGCUGCAGUCUCCUUCGGCCACCGACCUACCCGCCUACAACCCCAUCCUUCCUCCAGCCGCCAUCACCCAGGUGUUGCUACUGGCCAAUCCCAAUCGGGAGAAAGUGCGGCUAAAGUACAAGCUUUCCUACUGCAUCGACGGACAGCAGUUCGCCGAGGCGGGCGAAAUAGAGAAUCUUCUGGGCCCGCGGUGACCAGCCCAAUUUUGUAUUUUUCCACCGGGUGGGGCCGAAAACCCCUUCGCGUUUUAAAUAGCCGACAACCAAUAAAUAAACGUUUAUUUC